AUGAAACAAGUGCAAAGUCUCUUCAAGAGGAAAUCGUCGUCGAGUAGUUCUUCGGCUCCUUCGGCGGCGGGCGGUUUCGCCGCAACCGUCGUUGCCACGGCUGUCUCGGCUGUGCCCGCGACCAUCGCGGCACCUUUAAUUUCGUCCAUUCUUAGUCCGAUUCAGGCCCCUGUGAGUACUGCAAUCACCGCGCCGACGGUCGAUUCUUCAGCUCCCUCCACAACAAGUCCCAGGUUUCUCGGUCCUGUGAGCUCAGCGCCGGCUGCUUGUGGAAUGGUUGCUCUGCCAGAAACCCGAACGAUCUCCCCACCUGCGACUCUGGCAGUUUCUGUGCCCUUGUACAAGCGUGAAGAGAUCGCACGGCGUGUGGAAGGUGGAAUUUUUGUAACUCGCACGCUGCCACACGGUAUCCCACUGACUAUCCCGUCGGCGAGAGCAGUUACCGUGAACGAGGUACGCGGCUUCGCCCCGCACCUCUUCGAAACACCUUGCCACAACACCAUACUUGAAUUCCUUACCAAGUUGGCUGUUCAGCUCAGCAAUGGUGCUCAUGUCGGAUCGAAUGGCACCGCAACUCGCACGCUUGUUGGUGCGAGAGGCAUCGGCAAGUCUGAGACGUGCAUGGGUUUCAUCAAUGCUGCGGGACAGCUCUGGCCGAGUGUUCUUCCAGUCUACAUCAACUACACUGGUGCCGCGAAUCCAAAUCAUGCGCUGAAUCAUCGCCAUGGCGCAUUCUUUGCCAUUCUCCAAGCGGUGGGCGCCUCUGACGCGGUUCUGCAGCAGUGCGACGACAGGUGUGCACACAACGUCCUGCUCGACCAGUUGUGGGACUUGAACCUCAGGGUGCUCCUCAUCAUCGAUGAGCUGGAUAAGGGCUAUCGUGAUGCCAGUGCAGGCCCUUUUCGUUCAACGCUCGCUGGACUGCAAGCAUUGGGCAACAGCACCAGUGGACGUGUCGCGGUGAUCCUGUGCGGCUCAUCUUCUUGUCUGCCGGAUCUCAUCUGUGGUCGUCGCAAAGAUGGCUUCCGUGAUGGAUGGCCGAACCUCAACAGCACCAAAUUUUCUCUCGUUCGCAUUCCUUCGCCAUCGCCUCUCGACGAGCCGCCUGUGGCUUCCAUUUUAAGUCAAACGAAACUUUGCCCCAGCACUCUUGUCAACCAGCGCCACCUCCUCUACUUGGCGGGAACCAACAUUCGUUCUCUUCACGUUCAUCUCUCCGAUGCGAAACAUCCGAUGCCGGAGGUCGACCUGGAGCAGUUGGAGGAUGGCCCUCAUCAGUACCACAAGUGCGCUCGUCCACUCCUCACGGCGAUCUUGGACAAGCUCAUUGACAAGAACAAGGAGCUGUUAGAAGAGCUUGUCGACAUGAAGGUUCUCAAGGCAAUUCCGAGCCAGAUUCAGAGCGUAGACUGGCCUUCCCGCUUUCUGCCGGUCGACGAGAUAGAGAUCGAUGCACUCUGGAAAGAGCUUCAAGACCAUCUCAAAGUCGCGUCGGAUCUGCAAGCGCCGCUGCCUCGAACGCUCCGCCACCUCCUUGACGAAGGCGUGCUUAUCGAGGUCGAGGGCGACUACUUUCCUUACAGCCUUGCCGGCCUGCUCGCGAGAAUGCUCUGA